GGUCAAUUUACUUAUUGAUGCUUAAUCUUCCUUUAUGGCUAAAAAAAACAAACGACUUUCUACUUGGUUACGCUCCGGCGUUAUUGAACAAAACACUAAAGAUACUUUAAAGUCAACCCUAGACAAGCUACAUAGCAUCUGCCCGUUAAAGAUUUCUCGAUCUUCGUUACGUGACUCAUUACAUGAUAAUUUGUACCAUGAUGAAGCCUUCCGUCAAAAUCCAGCUCAUACAAAAAUAUUUAAUUGGUUUGAGGCAUCCUCUCAAAAGGCUAGGUCAGCUAUAUUCGUCUGUUGUUGGGCAACAAGAUUCAAGUAGUGCGAUUAUCAACAAUUACAACAAUAAUGGUAACAAACGUACUCGUGAUGUCUCUCCGCCAGUAAAGCAAGCAUUCUCUUUUACUGCUAGCGAGCAAGGAGCGAUAGUUGAACCGCUUCUUAAUUUAGUUGAGAAAGCGAUUUAUAAAUUUCUUGUUGAAAGUGAAGGUUUUAUUCCUCUCGAUGUGGUGAAAUCCUUCUGUGCCAAACAACACCCUCCUAUUAGUACUGACUUUGGGAACGCCGAUUUGCUAUGUAUGAUAAAUUUUAUUAUAGAGAAUAUAAAGCUUUUUUUGAAACCAAAAAAGCCGUUAUUUCAUGGUCGAUAUAAAGCAAAUCCCACUGAGUUAUUGAGCAAUUUUAAGAAAAAUGUGCGUAACAAAAUGGCGCACGGAAUUGUCGUUGACGAAAAAGGUCGAUGGAGCGAUCACGAACUUCAGCACGUCUCUGUUCUAGCUUGUGAGGUUGUAAUUUGUCUUGGUGGAGACUACAAAGAAGUAUCGUCCAACAAAGAAAAUAUUGAUAACGAAGUAGUGCAACGAUGGAUCAAUAAAGCCGAUAAAGAACACUCUCACCCACCACAAAAAAGGAAACUUGACGAUACAAAUUUGGGAAAGAUUACAGAAUUCGUUCUUUAUAUUCUCGAGGAAACUGAGGAGAUAGAGAAGGGGGAUAAGCGGAAGAUUCUAAGAUUGGCAUUGAAUGAAGACAAAUAUCUAAUAAAGCUCUGGAGAGCAAUCAGAACAGAAGAAAAACAAGUACAAAUUUGUAAAUUUAUCCAAUCUGCGAAUUUGAUGUUUGACGUCAACUUGAAAUCAAAAACUCAGGAUGUGAACGCUAAACAGCCUUUCGAAACGAUGAAUCUGCUAAUGCUAAAUUCACCCAAUAACUAAUUAUUACAUUGAUGCCAAAUAGUUUACUUUUAGUUCGAAACAUUUUAUUAUUAAUAAGAUCGAGUCAUUUUUUUUACUUGUAAUGGAAUAGGAAAAAUUAUAUCACAACAUAUUUUUAGCAUUGAAAUAAACUGCUUCAUUAUUUUAUUAUUUUGCACGAAAUAUCAAUACCCACAUAUGAUCAAGGUUCUUUUAAUAUUAAUAA